AUGCCCAAAGAAACUAUUAAAGUUAACAUCCAGCCUGUACCCAAAGUAUCUUCCAUCAAUGGUUCUAAAAUUGCCACAGUUCCUGCUACCAUAAAUCUAAUGCAAUUGUUUAGUGCGAUCACUGAAACGCUACGUGUUGGAUACACAUCUACCAAAUAUGUAGAUA